UCCAUCGGCACAAAUUAUUCUCUCUCGACAACGAAUAAUCUUCUGCUACAUAUCACAAAAUGUCUGGUCGUGGUAAAGGAGGAAAAGCAAAGGGAAAGUCCAAAACUCGUUCAUCUCGAGCUGGACUUCAAUUCCCAGUUGGACGUAUCCAUCGUAUGCUGAGGAAAGGCAACUACGCUGAACGUGUUGGAGCUGGAGCUCCGGUCUAUCUUGCUGCCGUUAUGGAGUACCUAGCCGCUGAAGUCCUUGAGUUAGCUGGUAAUGCUGCUCGUGACAACAAGAAAACUAGGAUUAUUCCUCGUCAUCUUCAAUUGGCCAUCCGUAACGAUGAGGAAUUAAAUAAACUCCUUUCUGGAGUUACCAUUGCUCAAGGUGGAGUGCUGCCGAACAUCCAAGCCGUACUUUUACCUAAGAAGACAGAGAAAAGCAGUGCCUAAAACACUUCUACAUACACAAAACGGCCCUUUUCAGGGCCAACAAA